AUGACUUUGGCAACUUUGAUACUUGGAGCGUUGGUUCUCUCCACGAUCGCCUGGACUGCCUUCCAGUAUUUGACAAGGAAAGAGCGGUUACCAGAUGUGGAAUUCAUCCGACUUAGCGACAAGCCUGGCAAGGCUGGGGAUGCGGACGAUGUGCAGGCAUUCCUCAACGACAGUCUGGGUGCGAUCAUGAAGGGGUACAACGAGUACUCGAAAAAGGGCAAGCACUUCUUGUUGAGAACACCCCGACAAGUAUACUUCAUCGCGGCGUCCAAUCUUCUAGACGAAAUCCGUCGCAUGCCCGACAGCCAACUCAGCCAACCGGCGGCCGCGAACAUCAUCUUCCAGGUCAAGCACAAUUUCCACCCUGAACUCGAAGCCGACAUGUACCAUUUCAACGUAAUCCGGGGCAAGAUGACGCAGGCCUUGGGACAAUACCUCCCAAGAAUGGUGCAGGAGUCAGGACACGCGUUUGAAGUCGAAGUCGGAAAUAGCGCCGAAUGGAGAGAAAUGCAGAUGUGGCCACUAACCUCGAAAGUCGUCACUCGAAUGGCCAACGCCAUGUUGGUUGGAGAGCCGCUUUGUAGGAACGACGAAUAUCUGCAGUUCUCCUGCGAUAUCACUCCCUUGGUGUUCGACACUGCUGCGAAGAUUCGCAACUAUCCCGAAUUCAUGAAGUCUAUUAUGAUGUACUUCAUGGAGGAUCGGAAGAGACAACUGCAAAUUGCUCGCAAACACUUGAUUCCUUUGAUCAAGCAAAGGUUGGCGCAGGCAAGUCUUCCGGCGGUACAAAGCAAAGCAGAGAGGCCUGACGACACACUGCAAUGGCUCGUGGAUAUGACGCCGCCAGAGAAACGAGAUCCGGAAAUCCUCAUGCAAAGACUGCUCCACAUCAACGUCAAUGCGAUUCACGCGCCCGCUUACACCUUGACUGAAGCCAUGUUCGACCUGUGCAGGCAUCCUAAGAUUCACGAAGAACUCCGCGAAGAGAUUGCCGAGGUUUUGGCCGGAGGCAACUGGAACAAGGAGAGUUUAGAUCGCCUGGUCAAGUUGGACAGCUUCAUCCGUGAAUCAUCACGCUUGACGCCCAUCAGUGCCGUGAAAAUGGAAAGACUUGCCGUCCAAGACGUUCGACUGAGUGACGGCACUCUGAUCCCGAAAGGAACGUCAAUAGGUGUAAUCGCACAUGGGCGCCAUUUAGAUCCUGACAUCGUUCCCAACGGGGCAACCUUCGACGCCUUCCGCUACGCUCGGCUGAGGACCGGGGUGGAGAAGACAGAUGCUGAAUACGCCUUCGCGCAGGCGACUCCAGAGAACAUGCUAUUCGGGCUAGGAAGACAUGCUUGCCCUGGCCGUCUGUUCGCGUCGGCGCUUUGCAAGAUCUUCCUCGUCUCGGUGCUUGUACUUUACGACGUGAAGUUUCUCGAAGGCAGACGGUUGCCCCAGGGCCGUUGGACGCAGAAGUUCCGCAACGCAGAUCUUACAGCGACUGUCGGAUGGAGGCUGAGGCCGAUAGAAAAGAGGUUCGCUGGUAUCAUUGUAUAA